AGGGGCAGUACCAGCGCGAGCCAUUGAACAUGGCGGAGGACGCCUCCUCAGCGGCCCCAAGCCCGCGGGGCUGUGCGGAUGGUAGGGAUGCCGACACUACCGAGGAGCAGAUGGCAGAAACGGAGACAAACGACGAGGAGCAGUUCGAGUGUCAGGAACUGCUCGAGUGCCAGGUGCAAGUGGGGGCCCCCGAGGAGGAGGAGGAGGAGGACGAGGGCCUGGUGACCGAGGCCGAGGCCGUGGCUGCCGGCUGGAUGCUCGAUUUCCUCUGCCUCUCUCUUUGCCGAGCUUUCCGCGACGGCCGGUCAGAGGACUUCCGCCGGACCCGCAACAGCGCCGAGGCUAUUAUUCAUGGACUAUCCAGUCUAACAGCUUACCAGUUGAGAACGAUAUACAUAUGUCAGUUUUUGACAAGAAUUGCAGCAGGAAAAACCCUUGAUGCACAGUUUGAAAAUGAUGAACGAAUUACACCCUUGGAAUCAGCCCUGAUGAUUUGGGGUUCAAUUGAAAAGGAACAUGACAAACUUCACGAAGAAAUACAGAAUUUAAUUAAAAUUCAGGCUAUAGCUGUUUGUAUGGAAAAUGGCAACUUUAAAGAAGCAGAAGAAGUCUUUGAAAGAAUAUUUGGUGAUCCAAAUUCUUAUAUGCCUUUCAAAAGCAAAUUGCUUAUGAUAAUCUCUCAGAAAGAUACAUUUCAUUCCUUUUUUCAACACUUCAGCUACAACCACAUGAUGGAGAAAAUUAAGAGUUAUGUGAAUUAUGUGCUAAGUGAAAAAUCGUCAACCUUUCUAAUGAAGGCAGCAGCAAAAGUAGUAGAAAGUAAAAGAACAAGAACAAUAACUUCUCAAGAUAAACCUAAUGGUAAUGAUGUUGAAAUGGAAACUGAAGCUAAUUUGGAUACAAGAAAAAGUGUUAGUGACAAACAGUCUGCGGUAACUGAAUCCUCAGAGGGUACAGUAUCCUUAUUGAGGUCUCACAAGAAUCUUUUCUUAUCUAAGUUGCAACAUGGAACCCAGCAACAAGACUUUAAUAAUAAGAAAGAAAGAAGAAUAGGAACUCUUCAAAGUACAAAAAAGAAAAAAGAAAGCAGAAGAGCCACUGAAAGCAGAAUACCUGUUUCAAAGAGUCAACCGGUAACUCCUGAAAAACAUCGAGCUAGAAAAAAACAGGCAUGGCUUUGGGAAGAAGACAAGAAUUUGAGAUCUGGCGUGAGGAAAUAUGGAGAGGGAAACUGGUCUAAAAUACUACUGCAUUAUAAAUUCAACAACCGGACAAGUGUCAUGUUAAAAGACAGAUGGAGGACCAUGAAGAAACUAAAACUGAUUUGCUCAGACAGCGAAGACUGAUUGUGUUUGUAAAAGCUUGAUGAAAGGACAGUUAAGUAUUUUGAUCACUGCAUUUUGUUUGAAACUUGUGUCAUUUAUGUAUUUUAAAACUUUGAGGGUUUGUGCUAUAAGAGUUAAAGCAUAUGCUAUCAUUGUAUUAAGAACCUUAUUUUGAUAAAAUGUAAAUUUGUUGAACCCUGCCACAUUUAGUAUCCCCACCCCCAAAUCCUGUUCCAAUGAAAAAACUAAAACAUGAUCCAAAAAAAAAAAGAAUUUCAGUUAACCUAUUUUGUGUCUCUAGGCUGACUUCAACCCUGUAACAUAACCCAUUAAAAUGAAUUUUCUUUUUUUUUUUUUAAGACAGAGUCUCUGUCUCCCAGGCUGGAGUGCAAUGGCACAAUUUCAGCUCACUGCAACCUCUGCCUCCCAGGUUCAAACGAUUCUCCUGCCUCAGCCUCCUGAGUAGCUGGGAUUACAGGCACACACCACCACGCCCAGCUAAUUUUUGUAUUUUUAGUAGAGACAGGGUUUCACCAUGCUAGUCAGGAUGGUCUUGAACUCCUGACUUCAUGAUCCGCUCACCUCAGCCUCCCAAAGUGCUGAGAUUACAGACGUGAGCCACUGUGUCCUGCCUAAAAUGAAUUUUCUAGAUUAUUGAAUAACAAUAGUCCUUUGAUAUGAGAUAACAACUUGGUUUAUGACCUUAAUAUACUACUUAAUUACUUAAGAUGUUUAUUAAUAGAAUGAUAAAUGUACAAAGUAACCUAUAAGCAUGACAUACUUUUGCUUUCAAUAGUUUUAUGUAAAUAAAAAAUCUUGAAAAUAGUAAUACCUGAGGACCCAUGGGAACAAUAGACACUGGGGAGGUAGGGUGGGGAGCGGGAGGAAAAGCUGAAAAACUACCUACUGGGUACUCUGCUCACUACCUGGGUGACAGGAUCAUCUGUACCCCAAACCUCAGCAUUAUACAGUAUACCCAGCUAACAAACCUGCCCAUGUGUUCCCUGAAUCUAAAAGAAAAAUGGAAAUGAUUUUUUUAAAAAAGAAAAAGACAAUAAUAUUACCCAUGGUACAAAAUUUGUACUAUUAGCAAGAAUCAUUUUGUGUCACAUUUAGAAACAAUUUGACUUUUGUUCCAGUGUUUAAACUUUGACAAAAAUGGUUUUGAAUAGAUCUUUAUAACCUAAUGCCAUAAAUACAAGAUUCUCUGAUACCGUCAUUUAAUAUAUCAAUAUUGGGCCUAAAACAGUAUUCUGCAAAGCUUAAAUUGGUAUUAACUAUGAUCAUCUUGAUGUCUAUGAUAGAUAAUAAACAAUGUCAUAUAUACCUAACUAAGCAAUUUUGGUUUUUCACCAUUUUAUUCUUUAAAAGAUUUAGACAAACAGGAUUAUUUAGCAUUUUGAGUUAUGUGCUUUAUUUAGCAAGUGAGUAAAAAUAUUGGAAUAUUGAAGUAUUUGCAUAAAAAAUCAAAUGGUAGUGUUUCGUAAUCUCUAUUGUAUUUCCUAUUAAGGUUUCAUUAUUACUUUCCCAUUGUUCCUGAAUUUGUUAUCCUAUAGAUAAACAGAAACAUGGAUGAGUACCAUA